CACGGUAGAGGCUACACUAUCAAAGCCUUUCACUGCAGAGUUAACAAACCAAAUGACUGCAGAGUUUCAAGAACUGCAAACAACUGUUGUGACAUCUUGCGAUGCGAUCUUCCAGGAGGCCUAUGGGUCGGUUUUCAUCACCACUCUUGUCCUUGGAUUCAGCCCGUCCAUCGAUGGAAACACUACAAUAGAGGUGGAGCUUGUUUUCAAUAACACAGCAUCACCUGAAGUGACCGUUUCAACUGCCGCUGUACUGGAGACCAUGACGACGGCAGCAACCAACACCUCCGCUGGCGGAUUCUCCUUUGAUCCUGAAUCUAUUGUUGUCACAGAAACGCCAACCUCAACGACAGCACCAACAACAACUACGGCAACUCAAGAACCCUCAGUUCCUACUGUGUCUUUCACGGUAGAGGCUACACUAUCAAAGCCUUUCACUGCAGAGUUAACAAACCAAACGACUGCAGAGUUUCAAGAACUGCAAACAACUGUUGUGACAUCUUGCGAUGCGAUCUUCCAGGAGGCCUAUGGGUCGGUUUUCAUCACCACUCUUGUCCUUGGAUUCAGCCCGUCCAUCGAUGGAAACACUACAAUAGAGGUGGAGCUUGUUUUCAAUAACACAGCAUCACCCGAAGUGACCGUUUCAACUGCCGAUGUACUGGAGACCAUGACGACGGCAGCAACCAACACCUCCGCUGGCGGAUUCUCCUUUGAUCCUGAAUCUAUUGUUGUCACAGAAACGCCAACCUCAACGACAGCACCAACAACAACUACGGCAACUCCAGAACCCUCAGUUCCUACUGUGUCUUUCACGGUAGAGGCUACACUAUCAAAGCCUUUCACUGCAGAGUUAACAAACCAAACGACUGCAGAGUUUCAAGAACUGCAAACAACUGUUGUGACAUCUUGCGAUGCGAUCUUCCAGGAGGCCUAUGGGUCGGUUUUCAUCACCACUCUUGUCCUUGGAUUCAGCCCGUCCAUCGAUGGAAACACUACAAUAGAGGUGGAGCUUGUUUUCAAUAACACAGCAUCACCUGAAGUGACCGUUUCAACUGCCGCUGUACUGGAGACCAUGACGACGGCAGCAACCAACACCUCCGCUGGCGGAUUCUCCUUUGAUCCUGAAUCUCUUGUUGUCACAGGUAUGGUCACAUUUUCCAUAUUUCAUCCAAUGAUAAAAGUAACAGCACUUUGCUCGUAA